UGAAAGGGAGGAAGAAGAUGAGGAUGAAGAGGAGGGUGAAGAGGAGGAGGGGGGGGAUGAGGGGGGGGAUGACAGGGAGGAUGAGGCAAGAGAAUGAAGAGGAGGGGAGUGAAGAGGAAGAAAAAGGGGACGAACACGAUGAGCACGAAGCGCUGGAGCCAGAGGAGGAGGAGGACGAGACUUAAAACUUGACAAGGUGAGGACGGGAGAUCAUUCAAGGGCGUUCCUAGAAAUCGAUGUUCUACUGUUUUGUAUCCGCACCAAAACCACCGCCGAUUGCAUUUGCAGAGCACCCGGUGUCCUUUCCGUGUCCGAGAGACUGUGGAACACUGCGCAAG